UGACUUCCGGGUCCAAUGAGCUUGAGUUCCCCGCCUUUUGAGUACAACGCCUUCCCAACAAUACAGAUGAAGUCUAAAGUUGGACGUUAUAAAGUAUCUUUCGUAGUGGAAAUGUAAAUGAAGUACUGGAGGCUAUUUACUCUUUGAAGCAAUCUGCUGGCAGCCAUGUUGCUGCCAUCUGACGUCGCUCGUCUCGUUCUGGGCUAUCUUCAGGAAGAAGGUCUCUCCGCUACAAGCCAAGCAUUCAUUCAGGAGAGCCCAAACCUGAAAGAAUAUGCAGAACACACCAUGGGAGAUGGAGCUCUCCCUGCUUGUGUUUUUUCUGUCUUUGGAAAGGGACUAACAACGAUUUUAAAUGAGUACAUGGCUGCAAAAGCAAAAGAGACUUGCCAUGAAGUACCUGCUAUGUUGACAUCAUUGUGGAAAAAGCUGGAUUUUACGCUCAAACAAAUCAAGUCCUUACAGAGUUCCCCAGCUAUCGCAGCAAGUCAGAGAGCACGUUCACGCAUUGGACUGGCAAACUUGGCGAAACAACGAGGUUUGACGAUGACUUCAACGAGCAGUCUUGUAUGUUCUUCGGAAGCAUCCUUAAUCAGCAGCCCGGCACUCAGCACACAGAGUACGCUCAGCCACUCCAUCCCUGUGAGCUACAGUUCUCCCCAAAUCAGAGCCCCUCCGGGUACUGCAACGGCUCAGCAAUUCCAUGAUAUUAGCCAAUCACUCAAUAUACAGAGAGAUUGUCCUAUACAGAUAAUAGUUUCAGAACAGCGACCAAAUCCUGGACCAAUGUCUCCUGGGCGACGGAAAUGGGACACUCCAAGGAAAAGGAGCACUGCUCUGGGGUGCUCCAGUGGUCCUGGAAAGUCGAGUACACCUGCCAGCAACGUUACUGCUGAACCACAACCUGAAGAAGUCGUUGAUGAGAACUUCCCUCAACUUGUGAUACAAAGUGCUCGUGAUAAGAUUCUGGGAGACCGGUCAUUACAGGAAAAACUUGCUGAAAAUAUCAACAAAAUUCUUGCAAAUGAACCAACUCCCCAAACAGUAAAGGCCCCAUCAAGUUCAAUAGAAGAGGACCAGUCAAUUGAUGAGAUCCUGGGAUUACAGGGAGAAAUACAUAUGAGUGAGGAUGCAAUUCACGAUAUUUUGGAGCAAACGGAAUCGGACCCCGCAUUCCAGGCCCUGUUUGACCUCUUUGACUACAAUAAAGCACGAACUGAUGGAGAACCAGGAAAUAUGGAUAUGGACAAUAAGACAGGAGAAAAUGAUAAUGCCGGACCACCAUCUACAGUCGGGCAGCUUCAGAGUAACAAUCCAGGCACCACAGUGCAAGAGACAUCAGAUUUAACAGCGGCAACGGUGAAGAACAAACCGAUCCAAGAACGCAAGACCAGAAAAUCAAACACUCUGUUGAAAAAGAGUGUAAUCGGGCCCAGCAGUAGAUCAUCCCAGUCAGACAACAGUACUGAAAAUGAAAAAGGAAAAGCUUCACUCUUUAGUAAUACUGUUGAUGCAUCACCAAUAGAUAUUGACAGCACAGUGGAUACUUCAGCUAUCAUGGAGCAUACACCCACUCUUGGAGAACUGUGUGUCACUAAAGACAACGUACCCACCACUAUGUUCCUCAUGGACUCAACAGCUGUCCUUUCAUCGAAAGCCACUCCUACGGCGGAACCAGUGGUUCGUGUGGCAACUCAAAGGGGAAGUAAACAAAAACAAGGCUCUCGAGUUGAAUCUUUGGCGUCUUUAUCUUCGCAGGGUGAUGAGCCUAUGUUUUUGUCUCCUGAUCAAGUUAAGAUGAGUGGAAACCCCUCUCUUACUUCAGUUGCAAUCAAUGGUGGAGCAAUUCAGCCUUCGAUGAAUCUCUCAGUAACGCCUCAGUUAUCCAUGAGCUCAUUUUCGUCCGCAGACUCCACUGUUGCUAACAACACUGCAACAAAUAUAGUAACAGCUUGUCCCCAGCUAUCUUCCUCUCUCAGCACACCUCAUACAGGUAUACUUGACCCAUCCACUUUUACAUCCGCCACAUCCCCAAUCUCUGGAAUGCUCGGCGCUGCUCAAUCUAGCUUGGCCACCUGCGAUAACAACACCCCAAGAAAAGAUAUGACCGAUUCCAAUAAUGUGGUUUCUUUGAAGAUCAUCAUCAGUGAUAACCCCGAUGACAUUUCCUCAAGUGAUAAAGCUUUGAAUCAGGCAAUUUCCAGUCUUGCUACAGAAAAGCUCCCCACAAUCUACCUUUCUUCACCCGCCAAGUCCCCUAGAGAACCUGGCACACCGAGAGGCACUAACUUGGAUGAAGCCGCACUGGCGGUGCAUGGCUUACAAAGCUCAGAGGCACUUGCUAAUUCCCCUUCCAGAGCUGGGCCACUUCUCCCAUUUCAUCAGUUGACCCCAGCAACACAAACACAACUGGCGAAUUCAGCUAAUAGAGCCGGAGCACUCGUUCCAUUUCAUCAGGUCACAUCAGCAACACCUAGUAGAGUCGGAGCACUAGUUCCAUUUCAUCAGGUCACAUCAGCAACACCUAGUAGAGCCGGAGCACUAGUUCCAUUUCAUCAAGUAACGUCAGCGACACCUAGUAGAGCAGGAGCACUCGGUCCAUUUGAUCAGUUAACAGCAACAACACAAACACAGCAAGCUCAUUCACCUAGUAGAGUCGGAGCGCUAGUUUCUUCUCAUCCGUUACCGACGACGACGACACAAACGCAGCAAAGCUACAUUAUUCAGCUACCCUUGGACACUGCUAACCCUGCGCUUCAAGGAGCGGGUACUAGCUACUUCCUCAUGACGGAACCCCUGACAGCAGAUACUUCAAGCAGGCAGGUGCCUGCAGGUUCCUCAAAAGUACCUCUUUUGCCCCAAAACAGCCAUUAUAGUGUUUCAGCAGCAACUCCUGCACGAAGCCUUGUCGCUGGGUCACCACUCAUCUUGCCAUCACCUGCUAAACCUAUGAUGCUUCCUGUCUCUGUUGUGGGACAGAAUGCGACUGGAAAUGUCCAGAUGGUGGCUAAUCAGGGUGUUGGAAUACCAAACCUAGUGCCAAUGCAGCACACCCUAACUUUGGAUCCCAAACUUUCGAUGGUUGCUGGUAACCAGCCCACAACUGGUGGAAUUAUGCUCAAUGAAGUCGCACAGAAUUUGCACAAUGCAAAUCAGCAUCACGAAUCAAAGGAUUCUGGUUCCAGCCAUAAGAGAAUUUUAUGUUUUGAGUCAUCCACCAAAAUUCAACCAACAACUUCUAAACCAACAACGGCCACCUCUUCAGCUGGGAAUGUGUCAACGUCACUGUGUGUCACGCAGUCUAAAAAAGGUCGUUCACAAACGACCCGCUGUACAAGGCCCACUAUCCUCGGUGGCAAUAAGCACAAACGGAGAGUCGAGACCGUGAGGUGCUCGUCAGAUCCCAAAACUGGUGGGAAUUUGGAUACGGAUUUUCCUUCACAACAACAAAAUUGCGAUGCUAACACCCCACAUCGAAAACCUCAAAUUGCAAGUGGGAGCAGAGUCGAUGUGUCUCAGACUGAGUCAAUAAAAAGCUCAGAGCCGAGAAACAACUUGAAAUCUACAGUAGGGAAACACAGUCCUAAUGAAGUUGAGGUAAGUGAUGGAACUAAGCCAAAGUAUGAUAGCUCAGAGUCGUCGUCAUCCGAUUCUGCGCUCAAAUUGGGCAGUAAAAAAAAAGUUGACAGCAACAAGAAAGAGCCUGCGGAACAAACAGACGAGACCGUGCAUACUCCGCGGCAACCAAAUGUGAUAACCGAUAAAGAAAACAAAACGAUGGGUUGCUCGCCAGUGCAGCAGCAGCCGGCCACUCACACGCCAGCAGACAUAGCACCUCCAGCUGUCACACCUACGUCAAGUUCCCAAUCCACAGCUGCCAAAAUUCCCUCAAAGACCAUCUCUCUGGCCACAAAGGCAGCUGAGCUUCUGCAGAACAUUCAAGGGCUGAACUCUCCUCCCAGACCUGCUAAGAGAUUACCGGUAGGACUCAACAGCCCAGAUCUUACUGGUCCACAAACCCCAGGGACUGGUGGUAACCCAGAAGAGUCGAUGAAAAGUCCAAGGACUCCCUUGCAACAGAAGAAGGGUAAAGAUGCAGAGGGAACACCUAAGAAUCUUCUUCCCCAUAACACCCCAGACGUCCCGACCUGCAGCCCCGCCAGUGAAAACAGCAUCAAUAUGGCUGCUCGCACGCUAAUGAUCCUGUCUCGUGCCGCCAUCGCCAGGACUGGCACGCCACUCAAGAACAGUUUGCGCCAAGAGGCUGGCGAAAAGUCUCCUGCAAACUUGGAGAAUUCCAAGAAACGGAAGCAUUCCCCUUCCACAGCAACCCCCCCUGUUAAGAAGUCUUUAAAGCAAUCUCCCACUAAAAAGCAAAAAAAGCAAAAGAAAAACCUCAUAAAUUGUUUCCCACAUGACUUGGACGUGGAUAAGUUCCUUUCUUCACUUCACUACGAUGAAUAAAAGCGGAAUGGGAAAUAGCUGCUAUAACAUGAACUACUUGAGUUACGUCCAGGAAUAGAACAGGCCAUCUGGUUCAUCCGUAUAACUUAAACUUACAUCUUGUCAAUUGAAAUCAAUCUGUUUUGCUCAAUUAGGCUUUAUUUUUACCAGUAUUGUUGACUUGCAGCAGUUGAGCAGACAUGGCACUUUUUUUUUUUUUUUUUUCAUCAUCUUGCUUGUUUAUGAUUUUGAUACUGUUUAGCAGCAGUAGUUGUAUCACUUUGUAUAGUUGUUUGUUCUCAAGGAUGGUUCAGCAUUUCUUUGGUCAAUAUUUGACUCCGGUUUGACGAAACCAACUGACAGUUAAACAUGUUGCUGUGUACAAAUACAUUUUGUAAUGUGUUUUCCAAUAAAUGUAUUAAUCUGUUUGAACAAUCAAAGUUUUAUCUUAAAAACUGAUGUAAAUGAAAAAUAUGAAAUGGAAAUAAAACAUUUUAGAAUGUAAAGUUUGGGAGCAAAAAUACAAUAUGUCUCGAGCCUGUGAUAUUAACUGAUUGUAUUUCUGCUGCGCAAUAAAGUUGGCUUGCAGGUGUUUA